ACGUGACUUACAGACUAAAGAAACGGAAAGUAAUUUCAGGCGUUAUUGAACUCAUCUGUGAAACGCUGGGUAUUAGAUCUCUGCUGAAAAUUCUUUCAAAGAAACUGCUGAAACUUUUGGUGAGUCUGACUGUUGAAAUAUUUUGACAAAAUGGCAGAGAGAGCUCUUUUUGAAAGUUACCUGAGCUGCCAUGUUUGUUCAGAGACUUUCAGAGAUCCUGUGUCUCUGAGCUGCAACCACAGCUUCUGUUCAAGCUGCCUGCAGAAAUUCUGGGAACAAACUGGAAACAAGAACUGUCCCAUCUGUAAACGGACGUCAAAGGAGGAUCCGUCCAUCAACUUCUCCCUCAAAGAACUCGCUGAUUUGUUUGGUGAGAAAAAGAAAGGAGCCUCAACUGAGAUGGAAAGAGAGAAGAAGAAAGAGAAGGUGGUGUGUGAGAAACACUCAGAGGUUCCUUAUUGGUUCUGUAAAGACGAGCAGAGAGCUGUGUGUCCUGUCUGUGAGUUUUCUCUCCACCAGAGUCACAAAGUGGUUCCUAUAGAAGAAGCAGUCAGUGAGCUGAAGGAGCAGCUGAAAUCUGACUUAAAGUCUCUGCAGGACAAGAGGAACAAACACAAACAAGUGGAGAAAACAUACGAUGAUGUGAUUCAACACUCCAAGAAGCAGGUGUUGUCCACAGAGAGACGGAUCAGAGCAGAGUUCAACAAGCCCCACCAGGUCCUGAGAGAGGAAGAGGAGUCCAGACUGGCAGCUCUGAGGGAGGAAGAGGAGCAGAAGAGGAAGACUAUCAUGGGGGAGAUGAAGAGGGUUGAGGAGCAGAUCUCCUCUCUGUCAGACAGCAUCUCUGCUGUUGAAGAAGAGCUGCAGAAAGACAACGAGUUGUUCCUCAGCAGUUAUGAAGCCACUCAGAGCAGAGCCAGAGGUCAGAGGUCACUGCCAGUUCCACAGCUGGUCUCAGGAGCUCUGAUAGAUGUGGCCAAACACCUGGGCAACCUGUCCUUCAGAGUCUGGGAGAAGAUGAAGGACCAGGUGAAGUUCAGACCCGUCAUUCUGGACCCAAACACUGCAAAUGGAUGGAUCCAUCUGUCUGAUGAUCUGACCAGUUUGAGACAUGGAGACACAGAGCAGCAGCUUCCUGAUAAUCCAGAGAGAAACACUAAAUACUGGAAUGUUUUUGGUUCCGAGGGCUUCAAGUCAGGGAAACACAGCUGGAAUGUGGAGGUGGGAGAUCAUCCUCGCUGGACUGCUGGUUUGGCUAAAGAGUCUGUGGACAGGAAGGGAGAGAGACAUGCUUCACCAGAAAAUGGAAUCUGGUGUUUACUGCAUCAUGAUGGAAAAUACACUAAUGGAGUUGGUGAGACUCUCAAACUGAAGAAGAGUCUCCAGAGGAUCAGAGUCCAGUUGGACUAUGACAUGGGGACAGUUUCCUUCUACGAUUCUGAAGACAUGACUCUCAUCUACACUCACAGAGACACUUUCACUGAGAAACUCUUCCCUUAUUUUAACGUUUCCCCAGCAGGUGAUGCUAAAACGUCUGAUCUCAAAAUCUGUCAACUAAGAUUUAUUUUUAAAUAAACUGCAAAGUUUUGUUUUUGUUUUUAUUUUUACCAAAUUAAUCUAAAUGAAUUCUGGGACCUUGUAAAAUUCAGGACUAUACAAUUCAUGGUUACAGUAUUGAACCAUCAACUUCCACACAAUGUUCAAAAAUGUUUUGUGACAGAGAGAGGGGUUACAAUUUAAGCGGAGAAGGAAAUUCUAAAAAACAGUCAUAAGAGGUUUUUUAUAUCGGUGUGUGGUGGAUUUAUGGAAUGGAUUAAAUGAUGAGUUUAAACAAAGUACAAUUAUCUGUAAGGAUUUGUUUUUUUUCUGUGUGUUUAUUUUGGUUUUCUGUGUCAAUUGAGUCUCCCUGUUGUCCUGUCUACCCCUUGAUUGCUCCCAGCUGUGUCUCAUUCCCUUGACUGCCCUCUGUGUAUUUAAGUUCACCCCUGUUUCUUAUUUCCUUGUCUUGUCUGUUAGCAGUGUUAUCCUGUCCAGUUGCUACCUUUUGCUCACCUGUGCUGCCUGGAUUUUGUGCUUAUUUUUCAUUAAAUCUUUAUUUCUCUCACCAUAACCUGGGUCCAUUGUGUCAGUCUGUUUGCUGACUGACUUCAUAAUAUUUUAAUGUUACAUUUUUAUAAUGCAAAUCACUUUGAACUUCCUUGUGGCUGAAAUAUAUUACACAAAUAAACUUGAUUUGACUUGA